AAGACCAGAGCAUGCCGAGCUUUCACUACGCCAAGAUUAAGCACAUCGUACCGUUGGUUAUAUUACAACAAAGUACUUUUCUUGUUGUAAUGAACGUACACUAAUCCCAAUACACCACAUUAUUACGUUCACUUGAAACGUGAACUAAGAAUUUGACUAGUUUUACUUAUUUUCCAUAAGCCUCAGAAAGUGAAAGGAGAACAUUCUUUGGCAAGGGUGGUUCUAGUUCCGUUUAAAGGAUGUGUGAUUAGUCGUUCGAUGCUUCACGCAUCGUGAAAGUUACUUCGCACCCGAUUUCACUCCCACGCGAAUAAUACUUUUCCAUGGCUGACAGACCGUACAGCGAGACUUUCCUUUCGCGCUUCUCAACGGUCGGAGAUGAGUAAUCCAGCAGAAGUUCAUCGAGCUGAAAAUCGGCCUGGUGUCCAGUCGAUCCGUUGGUCAGGAUACCGGAGCUUAAGAAAUUAUUCGAUGCUGAACUGAGACUGAAUCAAGCAAGGCCUAUCUCCCCCCACUGUCGGCGAAACGGGUCACUAGAAAAUUGGACUCAUCGUGUCUGGAUAGCCGUGUAACCGUCGCUCUCUGCACUGCGUCCAAGACAAACUGUGUGUGCGUAUCACUGUAGAGGAGUGCGGUGGACAGUGAAAUCCGCGAUAGUAUAACAGUCCAAGUGCGAAAGAUCUUUCGGUCAUCGACGUCACGUGGAGCUAUUCGUGUAAUAAGAAACUUUUCGAUCAACUCGAAGUGACAACUCGUUGAUAAAUUUGAUAAAAAGAUUAGACGGAAUACGGUACGAAGACUCCGAGGCUCAGUUCAAAAAGGAUGACAACCGGCUAACGCGGGAACCAAGAAAAUCAGGAUCAUCGAUCAUCAUGAACUCCAUACAGCUGACAGAAGGUGGUACCUGUACGAUUCUGCGGCUCGAUGAAGACAGCAAAUUGCUGGAUAUUGAGGCCGGCAACCCCGCGACCUCCAGACUUGUCAUCGAAUUCGCUAAUUUGAGCUACGCGGUUGACUGCGACACAGGUACUCAGAAGCAGAAACAAAUUCUUUGCUCAGUGGCCGGACAUUUUCGACCUGGUCGUUUAACCGCCAUCAUCGGGCCUUCAGGUGCUGGGAAGACUACGCUCUUGAGCAUAAUUUCCGGCCUGCGAGCCUCUAAACUCAAGGGGACGAUUACCAUUAAUGGCGUCGAGAUAAACAGGGAAGCCUUCCGAAGACAGGUCUGCUACAUACCCCAGGAUUUUGCACUAUUGCCCCUGCUUACAGUACGUGAGACUCUCCAAAUCGCUGCUGACCUGAAACUCGGAUCUUCUCAUACGGAUCACCUUAGAAGACGUGCGGUAAUCGAUAUUGCUAGCAAGCUGGGACUUCUGCCGAGUUUAGAUACAGCUGCAGGUAAUCUCAGCGGUGGUGAACGAAAAAGACUGUCUAUUGGAAUAGAGUUGAUAACUAACCCACCCGUAAUGCUGUUAGAUGAGCCUACGAGCGGAUUAGAUAGUGCAGCAUCAGGCCAGGUGAUUGCCCUGCUGCACUCACUUGCCGAGGCAGGUCGGACUGUGGUUUGCACUGUUCACCAGCCUGGCAGUCACAUGAUAUCCUUGUUCGAUGACAUCGUCGUCUUGUCUCGAGGACAAAUAAUGUACUGCGGACCGCGAGACCAAAUUCUCGACAGCUUUGCAAAGGCUGGUCACGUUUGUCCUCAGCUCUGUAACUUGGCCGAAUUCGUACUGGAUGUAGUUUCGACACCAAAGGAAAAUUUGAAGAGAUUGCGAGACGUGAGCAACGAAAAAUACGAGGCAGCCAGACUACAACUGGAAUCUACUCGCGAUCCUCAAGUUAAGCACCAAACAUCGAACGGUUCCAGGCCACCGCCAGGUUAUUUUAACAAGGAGAAGGACGAAAUUUCGCGGAUAAGAACUUAUCCAGUGUCCCACUGCAAACAAUUCCUCAUCCUUUUCAAAAGAGCGAUGAUCUGUAUACAAAGAGACAAUAUGUUGACAAAACUCAGAAUCGUUGCUCAUCUGAUGGUCGGACUUCUGGUUGGCAUUGUAUUCUAUGACUUUGGAAGCAACGCAGCCAGAUUUCAAAGCAACAACGCUUACAUUUUUACUUCUCUGUUGUUUCUAUUCUUCGGUAACGCCAUGCCAGCUGUACAGAUGUUUCCAAUCGAAGCUGCAGUAUUUCUCCGAGAACACAUGAACAACUGGUACUCGUUGCAAUCGUACUAUAUGGCAAAAGUUCUAGCAGAUAUUCAAGUGCAGGUUCUCUGUCCAACCUGCUUUCUCAUAUUUGCCUACUGGCUAACGGGGCAGCCCCUUGAAUUGGACCGGAUAUGGCGUGUCUGGCUCAUCUGUGUUCUGUUGACGAUGCUCGCUCAGUCUUUUGGCAUUGCUGCUGGAGCUGCUUGCGGCUCACAGGUGGGCGUUUUUGUUGUACCAGCUUUGAACAUCCCGAUGUUUUUAUUUGCCGGAUUUUUCCUUAGACUUGGAGAAGUUUCGGCAUAUCUUCGGCCUAUUUGUAGCAUCAGCUACUUCCGAUACGCUUUUGAGGGAGUUCUUCAGGCGUUGUACGGGAAUUCCCGUAAAAAUUUGCCCUGUUCGGAGGUUUUUUGUCCCAUUCGUUUACCGGCAAAAAUUCUCUCGAACUUAGGCAUGCCUACAGCACCAUUUUACGUUCUGGCUCUAGCUCUGACUGUAUGGAUCUUCGCACUGCACAUAUCCGUUUAUGGAUUACUUCGCUGGAAAUUGUAUCGUGCUACGAAAUAAAAUCUCAUAAACUAAAUAUUUGCAUUUCGAAUAUAUAGUUUUUAUUACUUGAC